AGGAAAUGGGACUUCUAGCUCCCAAGGGGGGUGGCAGUGCCACCCCUUAGACAAAGUCCCAGUCUCUCAGAGGCUUUCACCAGCUAGCCACAUGCUCCUGCUGCUGCUGGGUGUGAGAAGCCAUAUUGACUAGGGCCAGGCUGAGCCAGGGGACCUCAGCAUUAGGGGCAGCAAGGCGUCAGGGGAACCAGAGUGUCCGGAAACCAGGGUGCUUGCAGAAUCCCCGGUUCAGGUCUAGGAGAACAAAAGCCUGUCACAGAAGACCCCCCUCCUGUCUGAGGAGGACUAGACCAGGCUCAGACAGAAAUCUGGGUCAGAGUCCCCGCCUUUCUGAAGUGCCUUGUAAAACAGCCCAGAGGAGCCCUCAUGGGUCCUAUGGGCGGUGCCUUCCUCCCUGGCCCGUUCAGAUGAUUGCUGUCACCCUGAGGCUCCCCAGAGGCAGCUCGGAUUCUCCAUCCCUCCACGUCCCUCCUCAAAUGGCCAACGGAAAAGAAGAGAGAAGCCAAGCUUAGAUCCCAGCUCCCGCCUGAACACCCAGCGAGCCUGGUGCUCCUGGGCUGGGUGUCUCCUGCGCUGCAACCAGAGAUAACUGGUCCUGGCUGCCAGGUCUCUAAUCUCUGGUCUCGCCGCCUCAGUCCUUGCCGGUUUCAAGGCGAUGUUGCCUCCAAACAAGGACCAAGGGCUGCCACAGAAAGCAGCGCCCCCCGGGCGUCCCCCUCAGGGCCCCUCACAACUUGUGGACUCCUGUCCUCAGAACCUCCAGCCUUUGCCUCCCCAGAAAUCGCUCCCUCCCUCCCCUCCGCCUUGCUCCCCUCCUCCACAGCCCCACUCUCCUGGCUCCCAGUCCUCCUCCUCGGACUCCAGCUCUGACUUUGUCCUACAACCCUGCUCCUCCUCUCUCCCAAGUUCCCCCGCUUUCUUUCAUCAGAAUUACCCGUCUCUCUCCCUUCCACGUUCCUCCUCUCCCUCCUACCAUCUAUACCCCUCCCCUGCCCCUACUCAGUCCUCGAACCCCUCUCAGCCACAGAACCCCUCUCCCCCACACUGCCAGUCCCCUUUCCACUCCGAAGACCUACCCAGCUCCACGCUCACUUCCCAGAGCCCCAGCCUACCUUCUCCUGGGGUCCACCCCAAUAGGCAGACAUGGCACUGGCCUCAGUACCAGGACCCCAGACCCACUGGGGUGGCGGCGGGAUGCGUGGCAAGCGAAAGGGACGCUGCAGAGUUCCGGAACCCGGGAGCCCUGGCCCAGGCCCUGGUGGUUCAGCUGGGGUACCGCCGCAUCGCACACGACCUUCGGUUACUCAUUUUGCAGAGCCUGUGGCUAGGCAGAACCGACCAGCCUCCAGUGGUGGAGUACCCUAUAUGCCUGGUGUGCCUUCGGCCCCGCAGUCCCUCGUGCCCCACGCCCAGGUACAGGACUGGGCCCCGGCUGCUUGCCUUCCCCCAACUACUGCCCUGUGCACCCGACCAGGCAUCGAGACCACUCCGCAUCGGCAUCGGCUUUGCUCUCCGCCUGCCUCAAGGCCAGGCCAGGGCUUUGCAUCUGUUGCCAGAAAGAAGACGGGAGGAAGCAGGACCUCAGGGCGAGGCCAUGCAGGCCCCUGGGUAUCAAACCCACGCGUUUCAGGCCCCAGCAGCUCAGGCCUGGGCAGAUUCAGCCUCAGGCAAACCCUCCCAGACCGGGAGCCUCCGGUGUGCAGGCCCUCAAUCACCAAGUUCCACUCCGUGCUCAGGGCCUCCGCUUCAGGCGCUCAGACAGGCCGCGGUCUCCCUGACGCCCGGGCUAUCCUCUGCUCCAAGGCCGGCCCCUCCAGAGCCUACUCUCCAAAAGUCGCCAUCCUAUUUCCAGAGCCACGGAGGCUCGCUGGAGCACCUCCUCUAAACCCUGCCGUCCCCACCAGGCCCCAGAUCUCGGGGAGCCCCCGAGACACCCUGAAGGGCUGGCUGGCUGGAGGUCAGGUGUGUGCUCCAGCCCUGAACCCUGGAAGUCCCUUGUGGAGCCUGCUGUCUCCUGGCUGAAGAGGACCAAGGGUACCUACCGGAAGCCCCAUUCAGCCUUCAAUGUAUCCAAUAAAGCUUAACCCUGCACAACU